GUGAGGAGUCUGACACCUCCAGCAGCCUCUAGGCAGGGAGGGCUCCAGCAAACACUGAGGGAAAAACUCAAGCAGAGCCAGGUCUCUUCAUAGUGGCUGCAGCAACGCUGAUGUCUGGGUGGCGUCCAGGUAGCCUCAUGGCUGCAACUUGUGAGAUUAGCAACGUUUUUAGCAACUACUUCAGUGCUAUGUACAGCUCGGAGGACCCAACCCUGACUUCUGUUCCCCCUGCUGCCACCUUUGGGACCGACGACUUGGUGCUGACCCUGAGCAACCCCCAGAUGUCGCUGGAGGGUACAGAGAAGGCCAGCUGGUCAGGGGAGCAGCCCCAGUUCUGGUCCAAGGCGCAGGUUCUGGACUGGAUCAGCUACCAGGUGGAGAAGAACAAGUACGACGCCAGCUCCAUCGACUUCUCACGGUGUGACAUGGAUGGGGCCACCCUCUGCAACUGUGCCCUUGAGGAGCUGCGUCUGGUCUUCGGGCCUCUGGGGGACCAACUCCAUGCCCAGCUACGGGACCUCAUGUCCAGCUCUAAUGAUGAGCUCAGCUGGAUCAUUGAGCUGCUGGAGAAGGACGGCAUGGCCUUCCAGGAGGCCCUAGGAGACCCAGCCCCCUUCGACCAGGGCAGCCCUUUCACCCAGGAGCUGCUGGAGGACUGUCGGCAGGCCAGCCCCUACCACCCCGGCAGCUACGGCGCAGGAGCCCCCUCCCCUGGCAGUUCUGACAUCUCCACUGCAGGGACUGGUACUCCCCAGAGCUCCCACUCCUCAGACUCCGGUGGAAGUGAUGUGGAUCUGGAUGCCACUGACAGCAAGCUCUUCCCCAGGGAUGGCUUCCCUGACUAUAAGAAAGGGGAUCCUAAGCACGGGAAGCGGAAACGGGGCCGGCCCCGAAAGCUGAGCAAAGAGUACUGGGAGUGCCUGGAGGGCAAGAAGAGCAAGCAUGCCCCUAGAGGCACCCACUUGUGGGAGUUCAUCCGGGACAUCCUCAUCCACCCGGAGCUCAACGAGGGCCUCAUGAAGUGGGAGAACCGGCACGAGGGCGUCUUCAAGUUCCUGCGCUCCGAGGCUGUGGCUCAGCUGUGGGGCCAAAAGAAAAAGAACAGCAACAUGACCUACGAGAAGCUCAGCCGGGCCAUGAGGUACUACUACAAACGGGAGAUUCUGGAGCGGGUCGAUGGCCGGCGGCUCGUCUACAAGUUUGGCAAAAACUCCAGUGGCUGGAAGGAGGAAGAGGUUGCCCAGAGUCGGAACUGAGGGUCUGAAGCAGACCUGGGACCAAACUCAUGGACCACUCGGGGCCUGCAGCCCUUCCUGGGAGAACAAGCAGGCCAGAGGGCCCUUCACGUUGGGCAUGCUCCCUGCUGUGCUGUGGAGAGAAGCUGGAGUUCUGAUAUAUUGUCAGCCAUCGUCCUGGGAUCUGGAGCCAGUGGUCUCUCCUCCCUGCCCUCCUCUUGGAAUUACAAGCCCUGGGGUUUGAAGCGACUCGUCCGCUGACUCUAUAGUUGUAAGCGCGUCUCCUCUUAUCUGGUGCCUCCUCAAACCCAAUCCCAGACACUAGCUGCAGAGGAUAACUGUCUCCUGCAGAUGACACCUUCCUCCUGCAGAUGCCUGAACUGAGCUAAAGAGGCCAGGAGAGGCCCUAGAAAAGGAGCACCUCGAAGGAGAGAACAGAGCGGGCUCCUCCAGCGCCUUCUUUCUGGACUGGCUUCCACCUCCCGCUCGGUGCUUGGGCUCCACGGGCGGGGGUCAGAGCACUCCCUAAUUUAUAAAUAUGUCAGAUGUACAUAGAUCUAUUUUUUUCUAAAACAUCCCCCCACACACUGACAAUGGACUGUUGUACUGUUGUAGGUGUGAUACUGGAAUCCUUGGGGUGGAGUGAUGCUAGAACCCGAGGAUGGAGCUCCCGGCUCCUUUCUCCUGUGAAUGGAGGCAGAGACCUCCAAUAAAGUGCCUUCUGGGCUUUUUCUAAACUU